CAGCCGGCGGGGAAGAUGUCGGCGGCUCCCCUGGCGGCCGAGGCGCCGGAGCCGGCGGCGGGGAUGCUCGAGGGCCGCCAGAGGAAGCUGGAGUCCAUGAUCCGCGACCCGCGCUCCCCGGUCAACGUGGAGAGCCUUCUGGACGGCUUGAAUUCUUUGGUCCUUGAUCUGGAUUAUCCAGCACUGAGGAAGAACAAGAACAUUGAUAAUUUCUUAAAUAGAUAUGAGAAGAUUGUGGAAAAAAUCCGAGCUUUACAAAUGAAAGCUGAAGACUAUGAUGUUGUAAAGGUGAUUGGAAGAGGGGCUUUUGGAGAAGUGCAGCUGGUUCGCCAUAAAAUGACACAGAAAGUUUAUGCAAUGAAGCUACUUAGUAAAUUUGAAAUGAUCAAGAGAUCAGAUUCAGCCUUUUUCUGGGAAGAAAGAGAUAUCAUGGCCUUCGCCAACAGUCCGUGGGUGGUUCAGCUAUUUUGUGCCUUUCAAGAUGACAAGUACUUGUACAUGGUAAUGGAAUACAUGCCAGGUGGAGAUCUUGUAAACCUUAUGAGCAAUUACGAUGUGCCUGAGAAAUGGGCCAAGUUCUACACAGCCGAAGUUGUUCUUGCUCUUGAUGCAAUUCACUCCAUGGGCUUGAUACACAGAGAUGUGAAGCCUGACAAUAUGCUUUUAGAUAAACAUGGGCAUCUGAAGCUGGCAGAUUUUGGCACUUGUAUGAAAAUGGAUGAAACAGGAAUGGUGCGCUGCGACACGGCCGUGGGAACCCCCGACUACAUAUCGCCCGAAGUUCUGAAGUCGCAGGGGGGUGAUGGUUACUAUGGACGGGAAUGUGACUGGUGGUCUGUAGGGGUGUUCCUUUUUGAGAUGUUAGUUGGCGAUACUCCUUUUUAUGCAGACUCACUAGUAGGAACAUACAGUAAAAUUAUGGAUCAUAAGAACUCAUUACAUUUCCCGGAUGACGUGGAAAUCUCUAAGCAUGCGAAGAACCUUAUCUGUGCCUUUUUAACUGAUAGGGAUGUUCGACUCGGGAGAAAUGGGGUAGAAGAAAUAAAGCAUCACCCUUUCUUCAAAAGCGAUCAGUGGAACUGGGACAACAUUCGAGAGACUGCUGCUCCUGUUGUUCCUGAGCUCAGCAGUGAUAUAGAUAGCAGUAAUUUUGAUGACAUUGAGGACGACAAGGGAGACGUGGAAACCUUCCCAAUCCCCAAAGCCUUCGUGGGAAACCAGCUGCCUUUCAUAGGAUUUACCUACUAUAGAGACAAUUUGUUGCUAAGUGACUCCUCUCAGUCUUGCAGAGAAAAUGAAUCUGUGCAAUCUAGUAAAAAUGAGAAAAGGCUAUCCCAAAAAAUCUGCUGCAGUGGACAGUCUCUGGCUACAGAGAACAGCAAAGGGCCGUUUCAGAAAAAACUAAGCAAGCUAGAAGAACAGCUCAGUAAUGAAUUGCAAGCCAAAGAUGAACUAGAACAGAAGUACAGGUCUACAAGUACUCGUUUAGAGAAGAUACUGAAAGAGCUUGAUGAAGAGAUAACUUCAAGGAAGAAUGUAGAGUCUGCAGUCAGGCAGUUAGAGAGAGAGAAGGCUCUUCUUCAGCAUAAGAAUACAGAAUACCAGAGAAAAGCAGAACAUGAAGCAGAUAAGAAACGCAAUUUGGAAAAUGAGGUUAACAGUUUGAAAGACCAGCUUGAAGAUUUAAAAAAGAGGAAUCAGAACUCUCAAAUAUCUAAUGAGAAAAUCAAUCAACUACAAAGACAGUUGGAUGAAGCCAAUUCUUUGCUGCGGUCAGAGUCUGAUACUGCAGCCAGGUUAAGGAAGAACCAGACAGAAAGCACAAAGCAAAUCCAGCAGCUGGAAACUAAUAAUAGAGAACUACAAGAUAAGAACUGCCUGCUAGAGAAUGCAAAACUCAAACUGGAGAAGGAGUAUCUCAAUCUUCAGUCAGCUCUAGAAUCAGAAAGGAGAGAUCGAAGUCAUGGAUCAGAGAUUAUCAGUGAUUUACAAGGUCGAAUAUCUAGCCUUGAAGAAGAAGUGAAAAGUGGAAAGAGUGCAUUAGCCAAACUGGAAAUGGAGAAAAGACAAUUGCAGGAAAAGCUCACAGAUUUAGAAAAGGAAAAGAGCAACAUGGAAAUAGAUAUGACAUAUAAAUUUAAAGUUAUGCAGCAGAACCUUGAGCAAGAAGAAGCUGAACAUAAAGCCACAAAAGCACGAUUAGCAGACAAAAACAAGAUCUAUGAAUCUAUAGAGGAAGCAAAAUCUGAAGCCAUGAAAGAAAUGGAGAAGAAACUUUUGGAAGAGAGAGCUUUAAAGCAAAAAGUAGAAAAUCGGUUGUUGGAAGCUGAAAAGCAGCGCUCCAUGUUGGACUGUGAUCUCAAACAAUCACAACAGAAAAUCAAUGAGCUCCUUAUGCAAAAGGAUAUACUAAAUGAAGAUGUAAAAAACUUGACAUUAAAAAUAGAGCAAGAAACACAAAAGCGCUGUCUCACUCAAAAUGACCUCAAGAUGCAAACGCAGCAGGUCAACACCUUGAAAAUGUCAGAGAAGCAGUUAAAACAGGAGAAUAACCAUCUUCAGGAAAUCAAAUUAAGUCUGGAAAAACAAAACAAUGAACUCCGCAAGGAACGUCAAGAUGCAGAUGGACAAAUGAAAGAGCUUCAAGACCAACUCGAAGCUGAACAGUAUUUCUCGACUUUGUAUAAGACGCAAGUUCGAGAACUUAAAGAAGAAUGUGAGGAAAAGACCAAAAUUUGUAAAGAAAUGCAGCAAAAGAUACAAGAGUUACAGGAUGAGAGAGAUUCCUUGGCUGCUCAGCUAGAGAUUACUUUGACGAAAGCAGAUUCAGAACAACUUGCCCGUUCCAUUGCUGAAGAGCAGUACUCUGAUUUGGAAAAAGAGAAGAUUAUGAAAGAGCUGGAGAUUAAAGAGAUGAUGGCAAGGCAUAAACAGGAACUUACUGAGAAAGAUGCCACCAUAGCUUCGUUGGAGGAAGCAAAUAGGACACUAACCAGUGAUGUGGCUAAUCUUGCUAAUGAGAAAGAAGAACUAAACAAUAAACUGAAGGAAGUACAAGAACAAAUUACAAAACUAAAAGAAGAAGAAGCAAAUAUAGGAAAUAUUAAAGCACAAUUUGAGAAACAGUUGUUGACUGAAAGAACAUUAAAAACCCAGGCUGUGAAUAAAUUGGCCGAGAUCAUGAAUCGGAAGGGGCCAGUCAAACGUGGAUCUGACACUGAUGUACGGCGGAAGGAAAAGGAAAAUAGGAAGCUGCAUAUGGAACUGAAGUCUGAACGAGAAAAGUUAACCCAAAUGAUGAUCAAAUAUCAGAAGGAAAUAAAUGAAAUGCAGGCACAAAUUGCAGAAGAGAGUCAGAUCCGGAUUGAACUGCAGAUGACUCUGGACAGCAAGGACAGCGACAUCGAACAGCUUCGUUCCCAGCUGCAGUCCCUGCACAUUGGGCUGGACAACAGCAGCAUUGGCAGCGGGCCUGGAGAUGCUGAGGCAGAUGAUGGAUUCCCUGAAUCAAGAUUGGAAGGCUGGCUAUCACUGCCUGUUAGAAAUAAUACUAAAAAAUUUGGAUGGGUUAAAAAGUAUGUAAUUGUAAGCAGUAAGAAGAUCCUGUUCUAUGACAGCGAACAAGAUAAAGAACAAUCUAAUCCCUAUAUGGUAUUGGAUAUAGACAAACUCUUCCAUGUCCGACCAGUCACUCAGACUGAUGUGUACAGAGCAGAUUCCAAGGAGAUUCCAAGGAUAUUCCAGAUUCUAUAUGCUAAUGAAGGAGAGAGCAAAAAGGAACAGGAAUUUCCUGUGGAGCCCAUGGGAGAGAAGUCAAAUUACAUUUGUCACAAAGGACAUGAGUUUAUACCUACUCUUUACCACUUUCCAACCAAUUGUGAAGCUUGUAUGAAGCCACUGUGGCAUAUGUUUAAACCUCCUCCUGCUCUGGAAUGUCGCCGCUGCCACAUCAAAUGUCACAAAGAUCACAUGGAUAAAAAAGAAGAGAUUAUAGCGCCUUGCAAAGUGUACUAUGAUAUUUCUACGGCAAAGAAUCUACUACUGUUAGCUAAUUCUACGGAAGAACAGCAAAAAUGGGUGAGCCGACUGGUGAAAAAAAUACCCAAGAAGCCUCCAGCACCAGACCCCUUUGCUCGAUCUUCUCCCAGAACUUCCAUGAAGGUACAGCCAAACCAGUCCAUCAGACGACCAAGUCGACAGCUUCCUCCAAACAAACCAAGAUUACUUGAUCUGGCAUUUAAGGACUGGGAUUGGUCAUUUGAUGAUGUUGAUGAUAUUGAUGGUGAUGAUGAUGACGAUGUUUUUGAUUUCUGAAGAAGUAUAAGGGCUAACUGCUUUCUGUGAAUGCAGACACAGUUCAAGGUGAUAAUUUUCUUCCCAUUACAGCAAGACUGAAACAUAUCCCAAAAUAUAUUAAAAAUAUAUAUUUUCCUGAGAGAUUGUGCUAUAUAUAUCAGAGGUUUACAUUUUUGCUGCAAUAUAAAUUACUAAUCUCUGAGGGUUUUCCUGUAUUCUCCCAAGUGACUGAUCAGUUGAGGAAUGGUUGGCAAAUAGUAAAAGGAUAUGUUAGGUAACCUUUUAAACUCUGUUCCACAAAAGCAAGACGCAUACACUACAUUUCAUUAAAGGAUCGAGAGGAAUGAAUAUUAAAAUGGAAGAAACUGACUUCUCAGCUUUUGUAAAGAUGCCACCAGCACGUCUGCAAGUAGAACCGGAGGAAGAUCCACCAUAGUGAUAUAGACUGCAUCUGUAAGAAGUGACCAUUAUACUGUGUAUAUAUAUUGUACUGUAAUACUGCAAGAGGGUUUUAAAAAUCUUUCCACUUUAUUUUUUUAUGCUUAUUAAUCAGAUACCGUUACUUAUUGCAGUUGCAACUAUGCACUUGUAUAAAGCCAUACUGUUGAAGUUUAUAUCAUUCAUACACGUCUAUCAGAAGCUGCAUGUCAGUGUUCAGCAGCUAGUAUAGGUUUGAAGUAUGUACUAAUUUCAGCUAUACGUCAUCAUGGGCAGUCCUGUUUUACCUGUCUAAUUGCCUUAAUUUAAACUUUUUUCAAUUUUUUUUUGCCCAUUCUUUCUAUUUAAGGAAAAAGAAAGUUUACCGGCUCUUAGAAUGCAAUUUUGCUUUGUGGCAGAAAAAAUAGUGCACUAUUUUUACACCUAGUAAGUAUAUCAAUGUCAGCCUAUUUUGAAUGUAUAUUGACUGGUUUUAAGGGUGGAGAAGUGUUGGUUACAGAAACAAUGUCAGAGAGCAUUGGAAUUACCAGACCAUUUGCUUGUACAUGUAACUGCUCAUCCAGCCCUUUUUACGAACCUCAAUACUAGUUAUUGACUUAUAUUAACCCUCAUUAAGUGCUAUGAAACUUCAUUUUGCCUUGUUUUUGCAUACUCUCCUAGAUGUGUUUUUUUUUUUUAUUUCUGGAAAGAAAAAGAAUCUGUGACUAUUUUUACAUUUCACAACACAAUAUCCAAGGACUGUCACAAACUUUAAGAAAAGUAAAACAUACUGUAGAUGUAUUUUAAAGUUUUAAUCUGGUUCUCUAGCACAUAGCUGUAGGCAUAGAUAAAUAUUUCAGUAGUGUGUUUUGAGAACUGAUAGCUGGGAAGAAAGGGCCUCAGAGGCACUUAAUCUGACUUCUUUUUUUUAACUUGGAGUUGUACAAAAAAUAUAAUUUAUGUGGGCUCAUUCAUGAUGUGUUCAUAAUUAUCCCAGAAAAUGCAUGUUUUAUACAACUACAGUAUGCGAUGUUAAACAUAUUGACAGUAAAAAAUAUAGUCUCCUAUUUGGUCUCUUUAUAUAUAUAUAAAUAUAUAUAUAUAUUUAAAAUAUAUAUAUAUAUAAAAUAUUGUGUGGGAGUGCAGUAAUUUAAAAUAUGAUCUAACACUUCAAUGAAGGAGGACAUUUCACUUUAAAUUUGUUUUUGUUUUUGUUUUUUAAAGAGUGUUGAAAUGUUUGGAAGGAUAGGACCAUGAUUUAUUUAACACUAUCAUGAAAAGUGAACUUGGAAACACUGAAAUACUGAAAAUUAAAAAGUAUAUUUACAUUUUGUAACCUCUACUACAGUUCAGCUUAACAGAGCCAGAAUGUAUUCAGUCUUCUAUUUAUGCACUCACAAAGUAAAAUGUUGUUUGUGAGUUCUUAAAAUCAAAGCUAAAACUUUCAUAUCAUUUUUUAUUAGGUAUUCUAACCCAGCGCACAGCUACAGUGUUUUUUCCCUGCUUGUUUUGAUUUACAGAAGUACGGUAUAUUUUUAGGUAAUGCAGAUAUGCAUAGAGAACAACAUUAAAAAUGUAUACAGUAAAACUGUUUCCGUUCACUGAAUGCAUAAAUAUUUUAUAUAUAUAUAUAAAAAAAUGUUACAUUGUGGGAAGUUCUAUCCUUUUCUGAAUUGGAGAAUAUUAUAUAUAUAUUUUUAAAUAAACUAUUUGAGUAAGGUAAAAUAGUUCCUGAACUUGAGAAGCUGGUAAUUAAUUGAAUUUAAUUAUAGAGGCAACUACUGCGGCAGACAUGGGAAAGGCAAGGACAAAGCCUGUGUGAGGAGGGAACGCAGACUCCAGGGGAGCUGUUUGGCAGCUGCUCCACUGCUGGGGCUGGAUCCGUUGCACUUUUCUCUCCCUGGCCUGCCCUCAUUUAUUGUUAAUCCCUGGGGCCCUGUUAAGCCUGACAUUUCAGGAAAUGUACUAUAUUAUAGUAUUUACUGGCCCCAGGUUAUACGUUCUGUGCAUUUAUACAUUGCAGCAGGCUGUACUGAGAUGGUGUUGUAGAGCAAUACAGGCUGAGAGAGAGCCCUGGAGGUCCUGUGCUCUGACCUCUACCUCAGAGCAGGGCUGACUUAGCACCGGUUCCUCAAGGCCAGUGGUAUGAUGUGUAUGAACGUGGAUUUGUACACAGGACACAAAAGGCAAAGCUGCUCUUCUGUUCUUCUCACUUGUCCUGCUGUGAAACGCAAAGAACUCUUAAAUGCCAGUUCCUGGAGAUUGUGUUGUUUCCUUAUUGUCCAGUGGUGACCUUUUAACAUUUUUGAGAGAAGGGUAUAUUCAUGAACUAAAGAAUAUUUGUCUUGAAAGCCACAGAUGUUUAAACACUUUCAUUUUGUAACAGGGUUGUCCCAGCAAACAGGACAUUUUUAUGGCCUGAAUGAUUUAUCUAUAGAAAAUUCUCUCACUGCAAGUCCUUUUGUUUCACAAGAGUAAACAUGUAGCAUGGCCAAGCUGCAGAUUAACCUUCUGGAAAAAUCAGGGAUCAAACUUGGAUCCAGAAGCUUCGGACACUUGUAGGGAAGUUGCUCUUAAUUCCCAAUCCAAAAGCUCACCAGCAGAGAAGCUGGACAGGAAGACCCCGUUGGAGUUAACCGUGUCAGUUGUCAGAAAGACCUUUCUGCAAGGAGAUUUCCAGUUCUGUCCUAGUUGUGUGCUGCAAUUCCCUACUUCUAGUGUUUCCUGCCAAAGCGCAGCCCUCCCAGCACUACCAGCAAUCCAGCACCACGUCUGCUUUUACUAGAGGAAAACUGUGGUUCUUGUGCUUCUGAGCAUGGUUGAUGCUGUAACCAAAAUGUGACACAGAAUCACAUACCAUGUAGGACUUGGAAACAUGCAAGAGGCCCAUGGAUCUCGGCAGUCAGUGACAGGGGCCAGAUUAAAAACAUCACUGAAAUUCCACUGCAGGUGUCCAGAUCUCUUACUACCUCUUGAUGGCACUGAACCGCCUACAUUUUGACAGACAUUCAGUGGCUCUCUGAAGGCACCAAGGCCAGGAAAGCUGCCAGUGAAAUUGUAUGCUUUUUCUCUUUAGUUUCUCAGGCAAUGUCAAGUGAUCAUGAGAAAUUUGAGCAUUUGUGUUUUUAAUCUUAUAAUCUAUUAGUUUCCCAUCUAGCUUUGAGAGGAUCAUCCUUGGAAGAGGAUUUGUAUAUUUUGGUCUCAAGUGCCUUUACCCAUCCUAUGCUUGUGAGGUGAUAUUUGGGAUGCUGCUGUGAAAAGGGAGAAUGUAUAUGAAAACAAACUUCUUACCUGCAUUGCAUUGCUCUUACAAACUCUUACUGUCUCCUAAUUCUGUUUCUGAGGCAGGUGAACAUAACAGUACAUGGUCCACUUCAGUGAACUUGAGUAUUUCAGUCUCUUUCACAUUCCUGGAUAGUUUGCCUCAGCAUUGAUGUUAAAAUAAGGAUUAAUUUAUUUUAUCAUAGAAUCAGAGACUAUCUCAAGUUGGAAGAGACCCAUAAGGGUCAUGGAGUCCAACUUCCUGCUCUUCACAGGACAACCUAAAACUAAAUCAUAUGACCAACAGCAUCAUCCAGACACUCCUUGAACUUUGACAGGCUUGGUGCCUUUUCAGUGCAUUACAGUUUUUUAUGGACUGUCAUCUCUGCACAUAGUACACUUUAAAUUGAAAACAUUAUUUGUGAUUUUUAAGAUUAGCUUCUGAACCACUUAGGGUUUUAUCAGCAUCCCAAGGAUCAUGCGGUUUUUCCUACUGCUUAGAAGUAUCCUCCGUAAGAGUGGGAAGGAGUCUUCUUUUGGAUCUCUGUAAAAGAUGUUGAUGGAGUGGUUCUGAAACUAGUUUGUGUUCUUGGUUGAAGUUGCCUAUCAAGUGGACAGGAAUACACUCAGACAUUCUCAUCUGAGAAAUGAGAUGAGUCUAUUGAGAUGUAUGUGGCUGAAAAGAGCACCGUGGCUUAACACAUCGAGCCUAAUUGUCCCCAGAAACUACUGUAGUGAAUGGAAAAUCUCACUGUAAAACCACAGCUCCAAGAAGUGGGGAUGCAGAGGAACUGUAAUUUAUUGGCACAGGGAUGCUGAUUACCAGGCCUUAUUAGAGAAGAUUGGCGUUUGGAGUCUUUGCUUCUUUGUAGGAAGGAAGCGUUGUUUUAUAAAGGUAAGAAAGACAUGUUACUGCUUGCUAAUGGAAGGGUGAAGCUUUGGAUUUGACUGCAGCUGGUUUUGCUCCAAUAAUCUUAAGAGAAGCUCUAGGAUAAAAGUGAUCUCUCAAAAGGAAAGUCACAGUGAAAGGUAGCAAAAUUCAAAGUUAUAAAUGUGUGUAGUCCCGCAUACUUUAAAGAAAUCUGGAAACACAAUGUCAAUCUGAAAAGAAAGGGCAGAGAGAACUAAUUUCAUUUGUUGAAGGAGCUACAUAGAAAUGCUUUCACAGACAACUGCAUGUGAUGCUUUGGUCUAUUGCCGCAUUUUGAGGUCGAGGCCUUCGGUGUUCAAAGAUGUGAGCCUGUUUGUAUGUAUACUCUUACACUGUGUACCAGUGGGCCUCGUAGGUCAUCUAGUUCUUGUCAUUUGUCAUUGCUCUUUGGGGUGUUUUUUGCCUAGGAUGCUGUUGCAGCACUGGGUAAGCAUGGCCACCCAAUAAGAAGUACAUCAGGCUUGUGAUGUCACUGCCAAUCCUUUUCCUUUGGGUUACCAACUUCAGGCACUGAAUUGCCUUGGAUAUAUGCUACUUUUUUAUUAACAAGUGAACUGGUGGAAAUGUUCUUUGGAGGUAUCUGAGAUAUUAAAUAACUUUUUUGAGGCUGAAGAAGCCAGGAGUCCCACUGUCUGAGCCCUGUUUCAUAUCUGCUUGCCCUGGUGGUGUCUCUUGCCUCAGCUGUGUUCCACUUUCCAAUAGACCUUCAAAGCAGAUCUUGCACAUAGGUGCAGGUCUGGCUGCAGCUUCAGGACUUGCAUUUAUUUGCUGGAUCCCAUGGCCUCGUGUGUCUGUGUGAUGUCCAGCAUAUUACAAUCCUUAUGUCCUGGAGGCCAAGAGAUUCAGUAGGAUCUGUGUAGCCAUUACCUCCCUCUGCAGUGAUGGAAGGACUAGAUAAAUACAAUAAGGAGGCUCCCCUGCAUGUUUCGUAUCCUGUUCAGAGAUACAGCAAUGGGAGUUGUAUUACUGGAAGGUGGGCAAACAUGCAAGCUUAAAAAAAAAACAAAGCUGAGAGAGGAAAGUAUCCUUGAGCUCAGAGUCCAUGAGGACUGAAAGUUGUGCCAACAGUGCAUAUCAUGGAAAAAAAAUUUAAAUCUCACAAGAUAAGUCACUCUCUUGAAAGUCAGACCACUGGAAUCUGUAUUUAGUCAGUUGCUCAAAGGUGAAAGAAUUUCUUUACAGUAAUUGGGUACUUAAAAUAUGCUUUACACGAGCUCAAUUUGUGCUUCAUUAGUCAUGAUUUACAUGACAGAGAGGACACUGAGGCAUAGGAUGUGUAUUCUUCCAUUUAUGAUUUUCAUAUAAUAUGAGUCAGGUCAGCAUCUUGGUAUUGCUGGCCAGAGCCUCCAAAUUCCAAAGCAGAAUUCUUGUACAUUGCAGAGCAGGCAUAUGCACCGAUGACUUGCAAUUACAAUAGGGUGGUAAGUAGAAUUGACUUUCAGCAUGAAGCCAUGUUACUAUUCAGUUUAAAUCAGAAUUAUCAUUAGCUAACUUCUCUUGUCACAUUUUAGGCUGGUGCAGGUUCUGUUCUUUACAUCAGUUUCCAGAAUAUUUGACAGAUAAAACAAGAUGUUUGUCCACUUAAUGUUCCCUCCCUGUGCGUCGGUGAUAGCACAUAAUGCACAGAAGUAGGCUACUGACAAUUUAAGACAGUUAAGAGCUGAAAUAAUGAAACAAAACAGGGUGUUAACAAAAUUUUGACAAGUAUUUAAAUUGUCUUUCAGAUAUCCCCAGUUAAAUUUCAUCAAAAGUAUAAUUUAAAAAGCCUCUUAUUUUACCCCUGGUCCAAAGACUGGGUUAUUUUUCAAGACAGAGAUGGUGUUUGCCCCAAACUACUUCCAGUGUAGAAUGGAAUAGUUGACAUCUUUAACUUGAAAAUAUCUGUAUGUCUAUCUUGCCAUCAGGCAGGAAACACCUGAGGUCCAUUGGGACUCAGGUCUCUGAGACUGCCAAGGUCUUGCAAUUGGAUCCAUCUCAAGUGAUGAGCUGUCACGUUCUUAGGUGAUGUUUAUUGUGGUUCCCAGACACCUGUUUGACCUCAACAGCUAUCUCUGAGAACUCUGAAGCAUCCUGGAGAACUCUGGCUCAAAAUCAAGUGAAUUAAAAUUCAGUACCAAUCAAGAACUUAAUAACAUCUUGAGAUUUUUUUUCAGCUUUCUCACCUUCCAAACUGAGACAUCCUCAGAGCAUUAUUAUUGAUGAAGGCAACAUUUUAUGUUCUGCUUAAUACAUAAAUAUGAAUUCCAAGUAUCGAAGAAUUUGGAAGGGAGUGGAACAAACCAGCCUGAAGAGAAUUUGGAGGGGAGUAAUUAUUAUUUAUCAUCAGAGAAAAUACAUGGCUGGCAAACUACCUCAUUUGAGUUGAUCUCCACAUCUGUUUAGCUUUUCAUUUAUAACAGUUCCUCCUGUGGGCUCUCAGGGGUUAAUUCCUCCUGCCCCUUUGCCUUACAUAUGUCCCUAAAUAGAUAACGAUUGUUUGGUGGAGGAUACCUCAUUUAAAGAAGUGAAUGAAGCCAUUCUGCAAGUUUUAAGCUGGUUGGGACUCUUCAGCUAAUUGUGAAUUACUUCCUCCAGACAGUCAAACUGCACUAAAAUUCACCUUUGGAGCUUCAGUGGUUGUGAGCAUUGCUGCCUCCCUGCCCUACUCCUUUCUCUCCUCUUUUAAUAGAUGAGAUUAGCAGAGCCAGGAUAGGGAGCAGCUACAUGCACAGCAUAGGCCAGUGAGAGAGGCUUGGGGGUCAGGCAGGGACAGGGACUCCUGAGCAGUCCAAGCAACAGCAUCUUUUGCUGGAUUAGAGUAGCACAAAGAAACACAUCUUUGUGCACUGUUUUACUCUGCACAAAAUGCCCUGUGUUAGAAAGGCCCAGAGAGUGGGGGAGAGGAUGGUAUUGCACAUGUGUUUGAUGUUGCUGUUCACUGAGGACAGUUCAGUGCAUCUUACACUGUUCACAUCCUCACUUUCAGGCACACAGCCUGCUGCCUCGAGUCACGACCUCAUUCCUUCCUCUGGAUAGUAAAUCUGGUAAAUGUUUUCUCUCAUACAGUUGAAGUGAGCUUGUAGCUUACCUGUUGCCAAAUGCCCGGUCACAGUUCAUCAUAUCCACAGCUGGAGAUAUUUGGAGUUGUUCAGUGGACUGUACUGGAAUUCAGAGCUUGUCUUUUCACAGGCAAGGAAACAAACUUUUUGAAAGCCUUGACAGGGCCCUGGUUUUGUCAGCCAGGACAGGACAGGCUGUGUUACCUUGUGAGCGUGUUGUGAACUGGUGCAAUUAGACACGGAGUGUGUAAUUCCACACUCACGCAGCAUCUGUGAAUGGAGCUUUAUUACUUCCAGUCCCAUGAAUAAAAGUGGCUUACUGGCUUACACCCACUGCAAUAAAUCCAAGCAGCUUUCCCUGCCUGCCUUUGGCUCACUGCUGCAUUAGGCAGCAACCAACUUGUGUCCACCCGAUACUGAUGAAUGACAAGUUUAACAAGAUUUAUCCUCCUUGUGUAUCUUGUCUAAAGCUGCUGCCUUUAAUCCAGCCACUGAGAAGAUUAUGCUUUACAUACUGGAAAACACAAGGUCAGCGCUUUCAUGGGGCUUGCCCAGAACUGGAAUGUAUGUCUGCUUACAAAAGUGAAGGAAAUUACUCUCUGGGAGGAAAAAAAGUGUAAAACUAUUAACUGCUACUGUCUGAUUUGUUCCAUAUCUCUUGCAGCUUGAAUGAGAACUCAUGGUCCAGCUUUCCAAGUCCACAAAAUUACUUUACCUUAGCUCGUGAAUUACCCAGCUUUGUUUCUUUUCCUCAGUCUUUUUUUUUCACACAGGCUUCUAAGGAGAUUUAUUCAAAAUAUGUUAUGUAUCCUAUUAAGAACUUUCUUAAAUGCAUUUUCAGCAUUUUAUGAUGAAAAAAACCAAAUGAAGGUGCUGAUUCUCAAACCAAAAAUGGAGCAGCUUCACUUUGCUGCAGCAUCACUCAGGAGUAUGAAACAUGUCAAUAACAGAGGGGGUUUGAACUCCAUCCAAAUCUUUCUCUAUCAAGAAGAGGCUUUAAUUUGAAAAAAAAAAUUAAGUGUGUUUCUUUUUUUCAUUUUAAGAUGCUGGAACUCUUUAGCAUUUGACAGGUUAAUAUUCAGUCAGAUGCUUCAAAUAAUUAGGGUAAAAGCUGCCCAUUUAUGACCUGUAAUGAAUAUUUCAUUUUCUCUCCAUAUAUGAAAACAGAAUAAAAAAUCAAAUGCAAUGAAAAUUAACUGUAAGAAUGACAUUAUCAAUCUUGAAGAAUAGCAUUUAUUAAUACCACCUGAAAAAUGUACCACAUGCCACCUGCCACCAUUUAGACCACUUCAGAUACUUUACACAGCUUUAGUAAAAUCCGUAACAGAAUGUUUACAGUUAAUCUCUCAACCAACAUAGAAAGAUUUAUAUAUUUUAUUGUAGCAGUAAAAAUGCUCAUCUUUGACUUGCCCUCAGUAAUGUGAGAUACAUGAAAUCUAGAUCCACAGAAACACCUCUUCCCACCCCUUCCCACUCUAAAAACAAAGCAGCUGUUUUCUGAUGGUGAAAGUCUCAGUCUGAUUGCUGAGUGUUCACUGGUGGAAACAUCUGCUUUUGCACAUCCCGCUCCUCCAUAAGAGUCCCACAAUUUAGCAUGUUGCAAAGAAAACCUGCCUCUAAUGUAGUCAAUGCAGUCUUCCCAUAGUUUUCAGGAGUGUUGGGAUCAAGGGUGCCUUGGUUUGUACAUGCCAAUGAACAGAAUACCGUAAGAAGUCUUUUGAAAUGAUGUAUCUUUUUGAGAAUGUAAUGAGAAAUGAAGACAAGAUAUGUGAUUACUAAUGUAACUUUUGGUUUAGAAGGCAUUGCUUCCAAAGGCAAAAUCCCGUUAAUAGUUCUCAAGAAUACCCUUUUGCCCCUUUUUACUCUAAGUACUGCAAAUUGAUUAGAAUCUCUGAAGUAAAAAUUUAAGUGAAGUCUAUGUUCUUCAAUACCCUUUAGCACAGACAGGCCAAAAACUAAUUAACCACAGAGCAGUAUCACCAAAAACUGACCAACCAUGGGAGAUGAGCCUGCUGAGGUGCAUCAAGGUGCACAUGUAGCCAGGUCACUGUCAGUAUGGAUUGUGUUUGGGGAUUCUGGACAUCGGUUCAGGAACUUCUGCUUGAACACCUUUUUGAACUGGUGGUCAGUUUCAUUCAUUCCCGUACAUUCCAGUCUCCGAUGCUCCCAAAACAGUAUGUUCAGUGAAUGAGAGCUCAGGUUGGAAAAGAAGAAUUCAUAGUUGAGUUUCUGCUCUUAUCCAAUAAAAACUGGGUAUACUGAAGAAAGUGACCAAGGGUAUCCUGUAUCAGCUGUAUAAAUUGUACUAUUUAAGUGUUGCAUGUAAGUGUUACAAUCCCAAGUGGAUUUGUGACUUAGUAAAAGACAUUUAGAACCUUAUUUUGGAUUGGGCCUUGACUCAGAUUUUCUUCAUCCUAAAAUACAGAUAGUUAAUGUUUAACUGAGUUGCUUGCAAGACAAACAUCUGUUGUGGUUUUUCAAUCUUGCAGCAGAAAGACAAGUCGGUAUGUUGGUACAAAAUUGAUCAUGUAUAAACUGAAGAAAAUUGCUUAUAUGUAACCAGAAAGUACUGAAGUGAUACAAGAAUAUAUAAACAUCUAAUUACAAAAUACGUUGUAGUAAAAAAAUCCAGAGAAAAUGUGAUAUUAGUGAAACUUGUCUGAAAUGACCAAUAAAAAUAUGCUGCUUAAA